AUUAGUUUUGUAUCUACUCUGUAUUAUUAGUCAAGCGUCAUGAUCCUGGUCGGACUCUUUGCUUGUGCCAUUGUGCUUGUUCAAGAGACUUUGUCAUCAGAAACUUGCAGUAGCUACAAUCUCUUCAAGCUCAAGACGUGCCGUGAACUUAAUUCUACAUCGAACUGUUAUAACAUUUGUGGUGGAAGACAGACUUCUAUUCAAAAUACGAAUGUUUGCUUGGACCGACCAAGUUUGGUGUUUAGCGUCGGCGAUGUAAUACGCUCUGCGAUUUGGACUAAUCUAGAUCGUCCACUCGAUGCUCCCUUGAAUUACUAUGUUCGCUUUAAUUUCACCGGCGAAAGAUUGACUGUCCUUGCAGGCGAAAUUUGUACCGAAUUCCCUGAGUAUUGCCACACAACCAAGAUAUUCUGGAACAAUUCUAUAACCGUUCCAAAGAAACUUUCGUACUACGCAGGUCUUAUCAAAGGUGAGGGUAGACUUUCCGACAAGGACGGACUUUUCUUGUGUCUAAAUUUUAGCAUUACUUUACGAAAAUAAGCUAAAAUGACAAAACUGUUUCGCUAAUUUUCUGAUUUUGCUGUUACUCUAUUUGCUAUCUUUGCUUGGCCAUAGCAACUGCGUAGAGUAGGUUGCAUUUUUCGGUAACUUCUAUGAGUAAUUGAUGAAGGCAACUAUAAUACUUAU